CAGUAAGUGAAUAUUUGUUGUUGGUUUUUUUUCAUGAAUGUACCGGAAUGGUAAAUACAUUCUCGGGCGGGUAAAUCUAGACAAGAGUUCCUGUGCUGUGAUUGGCUGGCCAAGGGAACGAUGCGUCGCGACAAGUCGGGAGCCUCAAAGAAGCGCAAGGGGACCACCCCCCAGAGGAGGGACCGGUCACCCCCCAAGUCCCCCGCAAGGAGACCCCCGCAAACCCCCCUCAGAAAACCACCGCCCCAAAAAUCACCUGUACGAAGAGUGAGUGGUCCUGGCAGCGCUCCUUCCUCGGCGGGCCAAAGCCCUCGUAAGAGGAAGCGGUUCCGACCCGGCACUCGAGCUCUGAUGGAGAUCCGGAAAUACCAGAAAUCCACGGAACUGCUGAUCCGCAAGGCCCCCUUCUCCAGACUGGUGCGGGAGGUGUGUCAGGGUGUGUCCUCGCAGGAUCUCAAGUGGCAGAGCCUGGCGCUCAUCGCACUGCAGGAGGCAGCCGAGGCGUUUCUGGUGCGCCUGUUUGAAGACUCGUACAUGUGCUCCAUACAUGCCAAGAGGGUGACGCUGUACGCCAAGGACCUGCAGCUAGCCAGGAGGAUCAGGGGGAUCCACCAUGGGCUGGGCUGAGACUCAACCCCUCCGCCUUGCGCUGUGAAGCAACCUGAGGUCACACCUUCAUGAGCAAUUUCACUGUGCGAGCAGCUCUUCCAUAACUGUUAUUAAACGCUGAAAGAAGCUUCACGAACUCAAUAGAGCUGCACAGAUCUACGGUUCGAAUCAAGAUCUCCGCAGGUGAGGGUCGCUGGUGUUGAUUGGGCUGAUUUACCAUUCGGAGUGAAACAAGUAAAGAGACAGCUGCCUGGGUUUGUGUGGAUCGCUGCUCUCCACAGAGAAAGAAAAGCGUCGAUCCACACAAACCCAGGCAGCUGUUUCUUCAUUCAUUGCACUUUGAAUGACAAAUCAGCCCAAUCGAGAUCUGUGAACCUCGUCUUUGGAGCGCUCAAUCCCAUAAUAAAAGUUUGUGCAGCGCUAAAAUUCAGUGACCGACGUAUGGACUUUGAGAAAGACAUCCAUUGAAUUUAUGAAGUUCCUUUUCCUUCACGUGAAAUAGUUUUUGAAUUUGACUAGUCUUGUAUUAUAUUAAAUCCAUCCCUUACUAUUGUAUGGUGUUUGCAGUCAUUCUGAUGCUCCUCCAGUAUUGCUUUCUUAUAAUUGUAUUCUAAAUCUGGCUUUGCGCUUGACUGUAGAAUCGAAGUGCCAGGCACUGUACAGCCUUCCUCGUUCCAUUCAAAUCGUGUGACUUAAUCUAACCCUGCCUACUCUACGUGCAUAUAGAGAGUAGAUAGGUAGAGCAGAGUUAAAAGGUCAGUCGCAUGAUUUGAAUGGAAUGAGGAAGGCUGUUCAGUGCCUGGCACUUAGGUUUCUCCAGACAAGCUCAAAGGCAGAUGACUCAAUAUUGGAGCAGCAGAACCCAGAGUCCAUCGGAAUGAUUGCAAACCCCACCAAACUUUGUGUUUGAUGUAUAUACAUUCUAGAUUAAGCUGUGUGCUCCUUUUAAAGUGAUGCAGAACAGAGCUGUUUUUAAUAAUGGUAAACUCAGUCUUCCUGCUGGUUACAGUGUGGCAGUACUGCAAGUCUGUUUUAUAGCAACCCUCAAAGAAACUUAAAUUCAAUAACAGGUGUUUUGAAGUCUUCGGAUCAAGGUGUAAUUAUUGACCAGCCACUUCAUGAAAUAGCUGACCAAUAGUGCUUUGAGGACACUUAUUCAAAGCAGUGUGUUACUCUUUCAAUACUGCUGAAAGCUUGAAUGUGCAUACUUAUACAAAGAAAUGAGAUAUAUGUGCAUUAAGCAAACUUAAAUGGUGACAAGCCAAAAACAAACAAACAGACAACAUCCAUGUGCUGGUAAUAUAAUAUACAGGUGAGGGAGGCUCCAAUCACCAGGAGAUGAAUCAAUUCCUCAAUUGUUUUUAAUUUAGGCUCGCAAAAUUAAAAGCUAGGUCAAGCAGUAAAGGAUGAUGCAUCUGUACUUGUCAAAACGUUUCACGUUGAAUUCAUAUGCUUCUUCCCAUGCCUUACAGCUAUGGACAAAACUGUGCCUUCACCUAGAAUUUUAAGAUUGAAACAAAAUCGAAAAAUAUAUAUGAACACAGUUUUGAUUUAACCUCUUGUGAUCAAAGAAACGCCAAAAUGAUAUCGCAAAAGUCUACCGGGGAAGUCAUAAUACUAGUACAGUACUCCAUGUUAGAUUUUGAAAUGUCACAUUUUUUUUUAGUUAAGUAUAUGGAAAACUACCAAGCGGUAUGUAAUUUUAAUAUGUUAACGUGACAUUAUUCAGCAGGUUUCCUUUGACUUUCCGAAGCAAAAUCAGUUAAUUCUGUAGGGAGAUUCUAUAGCAAAAUAUUUGGCCAUAGCUAUAGUCGUGUGCAUCGUUGUGGGUGUGGGGUGUUUUUGAAGUCUGCAGCUGCUUUUGUGGAUCCUCGCUGGCUAUUCAGAGGAGCUGGAAACUGGUCUCAAAAUGAGUCUUGACUGAUUCAAUCUUCUUGUUCCUAAGAGGGGUUUUAGUGAAUUCCGAGGUAAAUUGAUUAAUUGAAGCUAGACUGGGUAGUUGUAGUAAGAAUUGAAUUUUGAAUGAAUCAAAACUGUUGUCAAAUAGCAAUCCAAUCAAAAACAGCAUUAUUAUUUCAUAUGAGGAGACAGACCUCCCAAGGAAGAGACAGUGGGUCAUGUUUAUUUUAAAAUAAAUACAUUUUGCGUGUUCUGCAUCAUUUU